GGAGGCUCUGUGGUUGGAUCUCCUCUACUGAAGGGUUUUGUCGCUGGCUAUGUGGUGGCCAAGCUGCGCUCCUCUGCCAUCCUAGGAGUACUGCUGGGAACGCUCACCGGCAUUUACGCAGCUCAGAACCAUCAGGUGCCCAACAUUGAGAUGACCAUCAGAGAGUACAUGAACAGCCUGAAAAAGGGGCCCAAAUAAGCAGAAUUGACAUUAAUUUUAUUUAUUUAUUAUUUUUAAUGGCCUAAACUGGAAUGAGGACAUGCUGUCGCACCUGCUGGCUUUACAAGACUCUAUUCAAGAUUUUGAUUUUCUUUUGGAUUGUGGUUACAAUCUGUGACUGGAAUUUCACUUGGGACUCAAAUAUACCUUUUUAUUAGUUUUACUUUAAUGUUGCUGUUACCUUUUUCUGAAAGUUCCAUCAUCAACACUGUACAGAACAUGGUGCCUACUGCAUUUAUCUAGACCUCUUGUUUACCAGAGCAGCUAUUUGAAGUCAGAUUUUGAAGUGUUCCUGCGAAGAGUUCCGUGCCAUCGUAUCUAUAUUUCUCUCUUAGUUAAAAUUUGUUCUAAUAAUGUUUUCAAGGUUAAAAAAACAGAGAAAUGUAAAGUAAAAUUUCAAGGUGUUUCGUUGAGGAUGAUUGUGAUUGAAAACGUGGGGCUCAGCUCCCCAGCUUGUAUUAAAGCGCCAUGGUUGAACAGGAUAAAGUGGGGUUUCCUCUUGGGGCUCAUGGUUCUUAUUUAUGGCUCUCACGCGCCACUCAUCACCCUCACCAAAGUAGACGGCCACGUCCCCUUCAGUGCCUCCUCAUGUGUUGUCAUGAUCGAGUUGGUGAAGCUCUUAAUCUCUCUGCUGAGUCUUUUGCUGGCUGGAGGUACAUCUGCCUUGUGUAGACCUCCGGAUGUUCUCUCAGUUGCUCCCUACGCCGUCCCUGCUGCACUUUAUUCCCUAAACAACAACUUGGUUGUUUUAAUGCAGGCCUACAUGGAUCCGAGCUCAUUCCAGAUACUUUCCAACCUUAAAAUAGCCUCGACUGCGCUGCUGUACUCCCUCUGUCUGAGAAAGAGGCUGCGGCCUGCUCAGUGGCUAGGUCUGGGGCUUCUUGUGGCUGCAGGGGUAUCUCACAGCUACAACACCCUGGAUCUGGUGGACCCUGAAGGGGCUGAAGUCAAGGAGGGUCUUCAUAUCACAGCUUGGGGUCUUUUUCUUGUGCUUGUUUACUGCUGCGUGUCAGGACUGGCAGCUGUUUACACCGAAAGGGUCCUGAAGAGCCAGAGGUUGCCCCUCAGCUUGCAGAAUUUCUACCUCUACGUGUUUGGCGUGGCCAUCAACGUGCUGUCGUCUCUCACGUCUUUAACAAGCAACAAAAGCUUCCUGGAGGGUUUCUCUGGGGUGGUUUGGGUCAUCGUCGCCGGGCAAGCAGCGAAUGGGCUCCUGAUGUCUGUGGUCCUCAAACACGGCAGCGGGAUCACCAGGCUGUUUGUCAUCUCCUCCUCCAUGCUCGUGAAUGCUCUGCUGUCAUGGGCCAUGUUAGGUUUGCAGCUUUCAACGUCUUUCCUGCUGCCUGUCUCUAUGAUCGGACUGGCAGCUUAUCUGUACUACAGAUAGCAGAGAAAUUAAGGA